AACUAGUUACCUUAUUGACUUUGUCUGCUGCCACCGGUUGAGCGGUUUGGUUUGUUGUUUGUUAUAAAUUGUAAAUUGUUUUGUUUUAUCCAUAAGUAAAAAAAUAAACGCGAUGAAUUCGUUAUUAAAAGUAUCACUACAAAUUGGUGUUUCGUCUUUACGGGUAAAUGCAAAGAGACAGAUUGCUUGUCUGGCUUCACUGCCGGAAACACAUCAAAUGCUGCAGAAAACAUUGAAAGAUUUUGCUGAUGCAGAAUUAAAACCGUUAGCCGGAAAACACGAUAAAGAACAUUUGUAUCCAGCGCACCAGAUUCGCAAAAUGGGCGAGUUAGGUGUGAUGGGCAUAACAAUGCCAGAGAAAUUAGGUGGUAGUGGUUUAGAUUAUCUUGCUUAUGCUAUUGCAAUGGAAGAAAUAUCGCGUGGCUGUGCGUCAUCGGGUGUAAUUAUGUCAGUAAACAAUUCUUUGUUUCUUGGGCCGUUACUAGCUUAUGGUAACGAAAAACAGAAACAAACAUAUAUUCCACCAUUCACUGCAGGUGAAAGAGUAGGAUUUUUUGCUUUAUCUGAACCUGGAAACGGUUCUGAUGCCGGUGCUGCGUCUACAGUUGCUACAGAUCACGGUGAUCAUUAUGUGUUAAAUGGCACAAAAAUGUGGAUUACAAGCGGAUACGAAGCAGAAGCAGGCAUUGUGUUUGCGACAACACAAAAAUCGCUAAAGCAUAAGGGCAUUUCAGCCUUUAUAGUACCAAAGAAUAUUAAAGGAUUUUCAUUAGGCAAAAAAGAAGACAAACUCGGUAUACGUGCGUCGUCCACGUGCCAAUUAAUUUUCGAAGACUGUGUUAUACCAAAAGAAAAUUUAUUGGGAGAUCCUGGAUAUGGGUUUAAAAUUGCUAUGCAGUCGCUCGACGCUGGUCGAAUAGGCGUUGCUGGACAGGCUUUAGGAAUUGCUCAGGCAUCUUUAGAGGUUGCAUGUGAAUAUGCCCAGAAAAGAAAUGCAUUUGGAAAGCCAAUAUCAAAAUUACAAGCAAUACAGCAAAAACUAGCGGAUAUGGCACUUCGUGUGGAAGCAGCUCGAUUGCUUACUUGGCGAGCUGCUUGGUUAAAGGAUAAUAAAAAAUCAUUUAGUAAAGAAGCGGCUAUGGCUAAGUUAGCUGCAUCUGAAGCAGCUACCUAUUGUUCUCAUCAAUGUAUACAAGUUUUAGGUGGUAUGGGUUAUGUUACAGACAUGCCCGCUGAACGUCAUUAUCGCGAUGCACGAAUAACUGAAAUUUAUGAGGGAACAUCUGAAAUACAAAGAUUAGUUAUUGCUGGUGCUGUACUAAAGGAAAUGGAGACAAACUAAAUUGUAUGACAACACAAUAAAUUAAUCACACUAUAUACACAAAACUAUUGAUCCUUACAUUUUUGAUAUGUUCGUUUUUAUAUAAUAAAUAUUAUGAAUGCAUAUAAAAUUAUGUGUAAUUGCUUAUUAAAUGCUCAGGGUUACCGUAGAAUCUAUAGAAUUCUCAAAUAAAUAAUU